AUGACAGCGAUAUGUUUCGUUUGCAACCUGCCCAUCCUGAGUCACCAGGUUGGCCUGGUGUGGCAAGGAGGCAACGGCUGGGACGACCUUGUUCGAGAACAAGUAGAAGAAUCCACUCUCAGGCAAAGGCUAGGCGGAGGCAGGAGGGACUCUUCCGCCCAGAUUGAUGCCAUAUCAUCUCCUCCGACUGAGGUGCGUGAAACAUCGCCUCCGCGUGCCGUCGGUACAGGCACCUCCGGCGGCCGAAGACGCCGCAGCAGUUUGGCGCAGCUGACCGACAUUCUACGAGAGUGGUCUGGUCCGAGCAGACAUGGGAGCACGAAGGCGCCUCUAUGUCGAAGGGAAACAUUGGCUGAUCUGGCCAGGAGUUUACCUUGGGGAAGGCAGCAGAGUGUUGCUGGAAGUAGAGGUGUUCAACGUCAACAAACCAUAAAUCGUGCGCCUCCAAAACGAAGAGAAUCUAGUGCCGACUCUGGUAUCAAAUCUUUGACCUCUCGUUCUCGAAGGGACUCCAGGGCUUCUGAUUUUAAAUCAGAUUUGGCCAGGUUGUGGUCCAGAGGAAAAUCUGGAGAUGACGAUAAGGAUACUAGUACAUCAGGUGUCGGUUCGAUGACUGGCAGUGGCCUUGGUGGUAGCAAAGAUCGAGAGACUCCUCCUUUGGGUCCUACUUUUGCACAAGUGCCACAAGGACCUCAAGGUCCUCCACCUCCUAGGGUUGUGUCUGCCAGAAGAAAAAGAAGGGACUCGAGAGCUGCUCUGGAUGUACCGCCAAAUUUUAGACAAGAACAGCGUCCGUCCACCUCGUCGACUGCCACAACUGCAAGUGAUUCUUUAGGGCCUCCGGAUGGAACACCUUCUGGUUUGGCCCUGCCGCCUCCUACCAUUGUUAUGAGCAGUGUCACACCGCCAUCUACAUCGCCAACUGCACCUCCAAGUCGCCGUGAUUCUACAACUCAAUGUGAUGGACCUAGAACUGCAAAUUCUUCAAGAAGAGAAUCCAGGGUUUCUCCUGAUAGACCUGCAAGAAUGCAGAGGCUUCAAAGACAGGCCACUGCUUAUGAUGAAAGUUGCUUGCCUCCAGGUGUUUGGACUGGCGGUGCCAGCAGACGUGGCUCAAAUUCCCCAGAAAACAACAUCAACAAUAACAACAUAAACAUAAACAAUUUGAGUUGCGAAGACGAUACAGGAGAAAGAAAACAUACGCCCAGGAGGGAUAGUUUGAGCCCGGACAGUGCUGGAGUUACGGCACGAUCACGAAGAGAUUCUAGAGCUUCACGAUUAAGUCCUGAUCGAGAAAUGGAUUUGCCUGGAUCUUCCAGAAGACAUAGUAGACGACUGAGAAGACAAAGUAGUACAGCAGUAACAGGCGGUUUAUCCAACCACCACCAUCACCAACGAAGUCCAGACUCCAGCAGCUGCGCCUCUUCCCGAGAUCCAAGUCCUGCAGGUGGUGGAGGCACCACAAUAUUGAGUGGUGGUCCCCUGGUGGACGCACCACCAGGAUCUCGUCCUGCAAUCAGGAGACAAUCGACGACCGAAGAGAUAUUGAUAGCGAGAGGAUUCAGAAGACAGUCGACUACUGAGGAGAUGAUCAGGUGCAGGAAUUUUAGGAGGCAGAGCUCGCAGAGUGAUGAUACAUCGAGAUAUCGUGGCCGAAGAGAUUCUUGUGCCCAAAUAACAGAUGGUACUUUUGAAACAAUGACUGUGGAAACCACAUCUACAUUUUUUGAUUCGAGUACACAAACCGGUGAGUGA